GCGGCAGUGUAGAGAGAAUUCUACAGAGGGUGGCUCAGUUUGUGUUUGACAUACAGAACUACCUUAUUGAGGACGGAAUCAUCCAGACAAAGGGAGAAAGAAAGAAAUCACAAAGUGCCAUUGAGCAGAGGACACAACACCUGUCACAGAAGUUUGAUUGGUUGAUACGAGACCUACAGCUGGAGAUGGAGAAGGCAUUCUCCAAUCAGAUCCGACCUAAGUUAGGGGAGGGCAUCACCCUAGCCUCCAUGAAAGCCAAUGAACAAGCAGCGAAAUGGGGAUCACCGAUGAACAAGGAGAACAAGCAGGCGGGUGGGUUACAUUGGUGUGUGUACCGAGCCACAGUACAGAGACACGGGGUGUUCCAGUCCCCCACCUACGGACCGGUCAAUUUUAACGAGGAUCUUACGGCUCCUAUGUAUACAAGGAUAUCCAUUGUGUGGGAUAAAGUCUUCAGAUACUCAACCACUGACCUCAUUAGUAAAAAUUGA